UUAUUUCUUAUCUCUCACUCUCUCACACACACUCGCUUACACCCAAUCCAACACAUAACGCAAUAAUAAUAAUUGGAGAGUAUCGUAUAGCCCUUUUUUCCAUUUAUUCUUCUUUCAAUAUUAGGGAAACAACUCGCCAACGCCAACCCAGAACACUCAAAUGACGCAAUAGCCCUUCUUCUCUCAUUCCACCUUUUCUUCUUCUUCUGCUUUCUUCACCGCUCCUCUCUCUUUCAGCUGCCGUAGAAAUUCAUUAUGGUGGCAACUGCUGCUACUUCUUCAUUUUUCCCUGUUACCACACCCUCGCCAGACUCUGGUGGAGCAGGCAACAAACAUGGUUCUUGUCAUGUGAACCUUGGAGGACUAAAAUCCAAACCUGCGUCUUCUGGUGGUUUGCAGGUUAAGGCAAAGGCGCAAGCCCCUUCGAAAAUUAAUGGUAGCACAGUUGCUACAUCUGUAGAAAGCUUGAAGCAUGAGGAUGAUUUACCUUCACCUCCCCCCAGGACUUUUAUCAACCAGUUACCUGAUUGGAGCAUGCUUCUUGCUGCUAUCACAACAAUUUUCUUGGCAGCUGAAAAGCAGUGGAUGAUGCUUGAUUGGAAGCCAAGGCGACCUGACAUGCUUAUUGACCCCUUUGGGAUAGGAAAAAUUGUUCAGGACGGUCUCGUGUUUCGUGAAAACUUUCCUAUUAGAUCAUAUGAGAUUGGUGCUGAUCGAACAGCAUCUAUAGAAACAGUAAUGAACCAUUUGCAGGAAACCGCACUUAAUCAUGUUAAAACCGCUGGGAUUCUUGGUGAUGGCUUUGGUUCUACGCCAGAAAUGUGCAAGAAGAACUUGAUAUGGGUAGUUACUCGGAUGCAGGUUGUGGUUGAUCGCUAUCCUACGUGGGGUGAUGUUGUUCAAGUAGACACUUGGGUUUCUAAAUCAGGGAAGAAUGGUAUGCGUCGUGAUUGGGUUUUACGUGACUGCAAAACUGGUGAAAUCUUGACAAGAGCCUCCAGUGUUUGGGUCAUGAUGAAUAAGCUGACAAGGAGGCUGUCUAAAAUUCCAGAAGAAGUCAGAGAGGAGAUAGGAUCUUAUUUUGUGGAUUCUGAUCCAAUUCUGGAAGAGGAUAAUAGAAAACUGCCUAAACUUGAUGACAAAACAGCAGAUUAUAUUCGUACUGGUUUAACUCCAAGAUGGAGUGAUCUAGAUGUCAAUCAGCAUGUCAACAAUGUGAAGUACAUUGGCUGGAUUCUGGAGAGUGCUCCACAGGCAAUCUUGGAGAGUCAUGAGCUUUGUGCCAUGACUUUAGAGUAUAGGAGGGAAUGUGGUAGGGACAGUGUGCUGCAUUCCCUUACUGCUGUAUCUGGUGCCGACACUGGCAAUCUAGCUCACAGUGGACAUGUUGAGUGCAAGCAUUUGCUUCGACUUGAAGAUGGUGCGGAAAUUGUGAGGGCUAGAACUGAGUGGAGGCCCAAACCUGUGAACAACUUUGAUAUUGCCAAUCAGGUUCCAGCAGAAAGUACCUAAGAUUUUGAAUGGUUAAUGGUCGGAGUUGCAUCAGUCUCCUUGCUAUGUUUAGUCUCGUUCAGGCCUCUGGAGAGUUUUGCUUGUGUCUGUCCAAUCUACAUGUCUUUAUAUAUAUAUAUAUAUAUACCUUCUAAUUUGUGUUACUUUGGUGGGUAAGGGGAAAAGAAGCAGUAAAUCUCAUUCUCAUUGUAAUUAGCUGCUGCUCUAUUCUCUCGUUCUGCACCAUAUUUCAUUUCAUCUCUGAUUGCACUACUGUUAGGCUGUCUUCAAUAUUUUAUUGCUUUAUUAAAAUAGCUAGGCAUGUAUAUUAUUAUUCUUUUCUCUUGGCCAAAUCAAAGAUGCAGUUUUCCUUGUGAACACGGCAUAAUUAUUAAUUUUGUAUAGCCUGUAUGCAAGAAUGACUUUUCCUUCCUAUACAUUCGUGAUUUUAUGCUC